AUGGUCAAACGGAGGAAUAACAUAGCCAAUGGAAACUUCAGCAGCAGCAAUGACUCUAUUAGAAAUUUGACCAAGCCUCAACUAUACGGCUUGUAUGAUGAAGAUGUUGUGAACAGUGAAGAUGCCGAAAUUUACGAAGAGGCCAAAAAGUCUGUGGGAAAGUUUGCAGAAGAAGGGGAAGGAAGUAGCUGGGAAUCUGGAAAUCGUACUGGUUUGCAGAAGUUCAUUCACAUCCUCUUUUCAUUAACGUUUUUGAGCAUUGCUGGGAUAUCUUACAAUGAAUUGAGCAAACAGCUCCAUGACAACCACGCGUUACAUCCUGAGUUUGCAUCUAGGCCAUUGGCUUUGGGUGUGGAAAUCUGUCAAAAGAUGAGUUUUGGAGUUGUUCCCACAUGGCUCGCUUACUCCUUGGAAGGUGUAUUGUUUGGCUCGCUGUUGCCACUUAUUGAUAAACUUUGGGGCCAGUCUGUAAAGCAGACUACCUUCACCUCUAUCUUGCGGUCCACAAACGCUAUGUUAGGUGUUGCAUUCGGUAUCCGGAAGAUAGAAUGGAGCUCGUCACUUCAAGCUAGUGGCGCUUGGUUUCUAUUGAAUAUUGUUCUUUGGAUGUUCUUUGAUGGUACGCUUUCUACCUUAUUUGGCUGCCUGAGUAUUGGCACAGUCGCGUCCGUGACCUGUUACCAGGAUGUUACGGAAUACUCGCAGCUAUUGUACUUUAUGGAUUUCUAUUUUCUAGGAUUAUUGCUGUUCGGCAAACUGGGAAGAUAUUUGUACAAUCACUAG